AUGAGUAUAGCCGCUACUUCAUCGGAUGCCUCCACUGAAAUCAGUGAUCGAGACAGCCGAUUUUCUUGCGAAGAUGAGGAACAUCCGCCUUUAGAAAGUCGGCACCUCAACUUGAUUCAUGAAGAGCUGGAGAAGUUGAACAUUGCCACCGACGUUAUCAACAAAAUGGAAGUUCAGCUAGACUCCGCUAGAGCCGAAUUCAGAGAGACUCAAGUACAAUGGUCGGAAAAGCUGAAAGAGCUUUCAAAGCAAUAUUCAAGCCAAAUUGCCAAAGCCAGGCCAUAUUAUGAGCUUAAAAUCGAGGAGCGCAAGCUUCGCGAAGAAUCUCAGAAAGCCGCCGAGAGAUUUGAAAGGGCUACAUCGCUUCUCGCCGUGGCAAAACAACAAGUAUGCCUCACACAGGACAGUUUGUCACGUCAGACAUCGGUGCUUCCCGAAUGCCUUGAGGUUCUCAAUCACCACAUCCAGCGGGUGAGUGAAGUGGAAGAGGAGAGAAUGAUGGCGGAAGCGCUGCAUGCAUCGAAAGCCUAUUCAAUGCUUCAACUAGCCGAGAAAAUUCGGGCAAUGGAGAAGGAGAACAGGUCGGCCAUCAAAAAGUCUCGACACUACUUUGAAAAGCGUCUCGAAUUCACACGCAUUUUGGAGCAGCAGAAAGCGACAAUUUUGAAGCUUGAGGCUGAAGUCCGCCAGAAAAAGAGCGACUAUACGACGUCGCUGCGCAAUUUGGAGCGGAUCAGCGAGCAAAUUCACGAGGAGCGCUCGACGGGCAGCUCAGAUGUUGGAAGUAUGGACCACGUUGAAACGGAAAGUUUUGCGGGCUCCGAGUGCAAUGGGAUCCCCGGAAAUCCGCCACCGUAUGCCCCAACAGCUCCACCACCAUAUGAAGAUCAGUAUAUUAUUGAAAAAGAUGACGAUUCACUUGUUCUCAAUAUGAUGAAGGAAGAGCAAGAAGAAUGUGGUGAUAAGAGAAACUCGAGAUCAUUGGGAUCAGGUGUUAUCCUUCUCGCCCAACAGCUAAUGGGAAAUUCGACGGAGAAACAGCAAAUCUCUUUCAGCAAAUUCGGAGAAGAAGCCGAUAUCAGCUAUCAUACGCGGCCAGCAGGACUAUCGCCAAGCUCGGAUAACUCAGAGGUCUCCUCCCUCUCCUCGUUCAAUAUCGCCGAUGAUGACACAGUUUCAAAAAUGCUAAUGAGCCAUUCGGAAUUGAUCAAAGACAUUGAAAAUGCCACAGACCGAGUCGGCAGCAUUUUGAAGCCCACAAUGAAAAGUGUCAGCGAUGUUCAGCAGCAACCACAACCGCAACAUGCUUGA